CCUGUGACCUUCUCAAAAAGACCACUGCUUAGAAACCACACUUUACCCAAAGGGAGUGCUACAGGUUUCUCUGGAAACUUUCCUAGUUUCAGCCUUCUGAUGAAACCUUUCUUUCCAGAUUUUACAAAACCUCACAAAGAUGUGCGACCAACAGGAGCAGCAAUAUUUUCCUCCCACCUGUGUGAAAGGUUUGAAACUGGGGUCAGUGCGAAGCACAAAAUGCACGUCUGUGAAAUGUGCAGCUCCAUGUGAGACUAAAGCUGUUAGUGUGGUGUGUCCUGACCCGUGCCAGACUCAGACCUAUGUGAAAUGCCCUGCUCCAUGCAAGACGACGUGUGUGAAAUGCCCAACUCCAUGCCAGACUCAAAGCUAUGUGAAAUGCCCACCUCCAUGCCAGACAACGUAUGUGAAAUGUCCAACUCCAUGCCAGACUCAAAGCUAUGUGAAAUGCCCACCUCCAUGCCAGACAACGUAUGUGAAAUGCCCAGCUCCGUGCCAGACGACCUGUGUGAAAUGCCCAGUUCCGUGCCAGACGACCUGUGUGAAAUGCCCAGUUCCGUGCCAGACGACCUGUGUGAAAUGCCCAGUUCCGUGCCAGACGACCUGUGUGAAAUGCCCAGUUCCGUGCCAGACGACCUGUGUGAAAUGCCCAGUUCCGUGCCAGACGACCUGUGUGAAAUGCCCAGUUCCGUGCCAGACGACCUGUGUGAAAUGCCCAGUUCCGUGCCAGACGACCUGUGUGAAAUGCCCAGUUCCCUGCCAGACGACCUAUGUGAAAUGUCCAACUCCCUGCCAGACCCAGACAUGUUAUGUCCAGUGCCCUUCUCCUUGCCAGACCUACUACGUGCAGGCUCCUGCAAGCAGCAGAGUGCACAGCUCAGGAUCCCAGGGCUGUAACCCUGACCCAUGCUGUGACUGUGGGUGCUGCUGUUUGGGAAUUAUCCCCAUGAGUUCCCGAGGACCUGCAUGCUGUGACCUUGAGGACGACGACUGCUGCUGUUAAACACAGAAGACUAGCCCCACUCCAGAAUUCACUCUCCACUGCCCAACCCUGCUGUCCCCAGA